AUACUCCUGGUCCAUACAAUGUGUUUCCAUGAAACACUAAUUUGAAGAAUAGGCACAAGUUUAGUAUAUGAUCCCACAAUUUGACAUCUCUACCAUAUCUCCUUAAAGCACCCACCCCGAACCAAUCAGCAAACCCUCACUUAACACCACGAUUUUAACAUCGUACCAACCUCGUCAACUCCGUCCAAGCAGCCAUGUUGCUCCUCCAACUAAUCACGCCCCUACUACUCCUCACCGCUUCCGUCGCCGCUCGGGGGCCACACACCCGCAAAAAGACCCCAUGGGGCGCCGACACCCUCUCCUCCCUCUACUCACGCACAUCAACGCCGACCACUAGCGCGACCAGCGCUCCCCCGACGGUCGUGUACCCCGCGCCCACGACCCUACUCGACAAUCGGAAGUACAAGCGUACACUUGCAAAGUCUCGGACCGUCGAGUCACCCACGACUCCCCCGCCACCGCUGCCCCCCGUUCGCACGGGUGCGCCCCCGACUAUCGAGAACGGAGAGGACGAGGAACUGCAUGUGAAUCGGCCUGAAGUCGAGCCCAAGGUUGAGCAACACGGUCCAUCGACGCCCCAAGCUCAAUCCGCCACGCCCACGCCAUCUAUACAGCUAGAGACUACGAUCAUGGUCUACCGCGAGACGCGCUCAGCUUCCAAGACGCCGGCUCCACCUCCGGAAAGCGUCGACCGAAAGCAAGCUUCCGAUGACUGGUAUUUGGAGAAGCUAAAGCGGCUUUCAUGUUGGCUCUCGAGAAAUUGCGACCCUUCAGUGCAGUCUUAUUCUACCACCUCCCUCACGCCGCCCACCGAAAACGCUCAGCCUCGGGAUUUUAUCACCUCUUUCACACCACUCACCGAAGCCGCAACUUCCAAUGUCCCGCGCCCCUCCGAGAAGCCAAAGGUGAAGCCAGAAGCGCUCCGUGCUUCUGGCAAGGACAAGCCAAUCCUGGAUCGUACGCUGUGCAAGCCGUGCAUUGACAUUAUGCGGCGCUGCAUGGUCGAGCGCGUGCAGGCUGGCGGGGCCAUGGAUGACGCGACCUAUAGAAAGUGCAUGCGUCAGCUAUGCUUCUUUGAUGAGCGGUGGCCUGCUAGGUGUAAGGCGGGUGGGAGAUGUGGGGAUUCGUUCGAUUGUCCGAAGAGUGAGGUGCUGCUCAGAGAUUGGGAUGAGGAUGGUUUUUAUAGAUGAGAGGUAGACAUGGGGACGGGCGAGUGCGAGGUCAUGAUUUGGAAGGUAUAAGGCUUUCGUGAUGGGAGCAAGAGCUUUGUGGAUAAAUUGAUGUAAAGAAUGCCAUCACUGGAAAAUGUA